CCUGUCUUCACAGUAUAAGUCACCACAGAGGGAUUUGUACAGAAUGGGCAAGGGAAAAAUUCACUACUGCUCACAGUGUGGGAAGGGUUAUGCCUGGCCGAGUAUUCUCAAUCAACAUAUGUGCAUUCACACAGGAGAGAAACCAUAUUGCUGUUCACAAUGUGGAAAGAGUUUUGCAAAUCUAAGUCAACUAAAUAAACAUCACCACAUUCACACAGGAGAAAAGCCAUAUGACUGCUCACAGUGUGGGAAGAGUUUUACACAUUCAAACACUUUAAAGGUUCACCAACCCAUUCACACAGGAGAGAAGCCAUAUCACUGCUCACAGUGUGGGAAGAGUUUUGCACAUUCAAACGCUUUAAAAGUUCACCAGAGCAUUCACACAGGAGAGAAGCCAUAUCAUUGCUCACACUGUGGGAAAAGUUUUACAAAUUCAAGCCACAUGAAUAUUCUCAAACAACAUAUGCGUGUUCACACAGGAGAGAAACCAUAUUGCUGUUCACAAUGUGGAAAGAGUUUUGCAAAUCUAAGUCAACUAAACAAACAUCACCACAUUCACACAGGAGAAAAGCCAUAUGACUGCUCACAGUGUGGGAAGAGUUUUGCACAUUCAAACGCUUUAAAGGUUCACCAGAUCAUUCACACAGGAGAGAAGCCAUAUCAUUGCUCACAGUGUGGAAAGCGUUUUACACAUUCAAACGCUUUAAAGGUUCACCAGAGUAUUCACACAGGAGAGAAGCCAUAUCAUUGCUCACAGUGUGAGAAGAGUUUUGCUUGCAGUUGGUAUCUCAAAAAACAUGAGCGUAUUCACAGAGGAGAAAAGCCCUAUUGCUGUUCAAACUGUGAAAAGAGAUUUAGAGACUCAGAGGAUUUAAAGGUUCAUGAACGCAUUCACACCGGAGAGAAGCCAUAUCAUUGCUCACACUGUGGGAAAAGUUUUACAAAAUCAAGUGCUUUAAAAACGCACCAACGCAUUCACACAGGAGAAAAGCCGUAUCACUGCUCAGACUGUCAGAAGAGCUUUACACAUUCAAGUGCUUUAAAAACUCACCAGCGCAUUCACACUAGAGUGAAGCCAUAUCAGUGCUCACACUGUGGGAAGAGUUUUACACGUUUGAAUGGCUUAAAAAUUCACCAACGCCUUCACACAGGGGAGAGGCCGUAUCAGUGCUCAUAUUGUGAGGAGAGUUUUGCACAUUCAAACGCUUUAAAGGUUCACCAGAGUAUUCACACAGGAGAGAAGCCGUAUCAUUGCUCACAGUGUGGGAAGAGUUUUGUUUGCAGUUGGUAUCUCAAAAAACAUGAACGUAUACACAGAGGAGAAAAGUCCUAUUGA